AUGAGUAAUGAAGUACUUGGUGAUGAUAUUGUUAGAGACUUUGAGGAUGAUAUGGUUGAAUUGACUACAAUAGAAGAAGAAGAUGACUAUGUUUGUGUGGAGAAAGAGGGAAAAUGCCACAAGCGUAGGAAGACUUCAGCCGUUUGGGAACAUUUUGAUGCCAUUUGUGGUAAGGAGGGUGAGAAGUUAAACGCAAAAUGCAAGUUGUGUGGUACUGUAUACUUGACUCCAAGUACUUAUGGAACUGGAAAUUUGAAGCACCACAUAGACAAUUGUCUGAGGAGAAACACUCGUGAAGUUGGACAGAUGCUUUUAUCUAGAAGUCAGGGAUCUCUGUCUGUAAGUAACUCUAAAUUUUGUCCCAAAAAAUUUAGAGAAUUGUUGGUUGCUUUGGUCAUUAAGCAUGAUUUGCCUUUUCGAUUUGUUGAGUAUGAAGGGUUGAGAGAGAUGAUAAAAUACUUGCAUUCUGAUGCACCUCUUAUCUCUAGGAAUACCCUUAAGGCUAAUGUGAAAAAUUUGCAUAUGAGGGAGAAACAAAAGGUUAAAUUUAUGUUGAAUGAUUGUCCUGGUAGGAUUUGUUUAACAUCUGAUUUGUGGACUUCUUUGACUACUGAUGGAUAUAUGUGUCUUACAACACAUUUUAUUGACAAGAAUUGGGUCUUAACUAAAAUGGUGUUAAAUUUUUCAUUCAUACCCCCACCACAUAAUGAUAUAUGUUUGUGUGAAAAGACGUAUAAUUUGCUAGAAGAGUGGGGGAUUGAGACCAAGGUUUUCAGUAUAACAGUGGAUAAUGCUUCUUCUAAUGAUGUUUGUGUUGUUCAAGAUGUUUUGAAAGAGAUUGAUAGUGCUCUCCAAAAGAUCAGUGAUAGUGUGAAGCUUUAUGGAGUUAAUAAUUCUAGAGAGUAUUGUCAUGUUCGUGAUAAAUUAGUCUAUCUUUUUAUGGAGUACGGUGGUUCCUCAUCUUCAAGCGCCAUAUCUCUUUAUGCAAGACAUGUUAAUUCCCAAGUACCCCAACCACAAGUCAAGGCUGUCAAGCGGACUUCCGCAACGAUGAAUGCGUUUCAUAGUUUUGGUGGGAAUAAUGUUCAAGCAAAUAAGAGUCAAUUAGAACUUUAUUUGGAUGAACCCAGACUAAUAAUUGAUGAGGAUGGACAUUUUGACAUUCUUUCAUAUUGGAAAGGAAAUGAAUUUCGUUAUCCUAUAGUAGCUGCUAUAGCUCAUGAUGUUUUGAGCAUUCCUAUUUCUACUGUUGCUUCAGAAUCUACUUUUAGUGUUGGUGGACGUAUAAUUGAUCAAUAUAGGACUUUGCUCAAAUCUGAUAUUGUUGAAGCACUAGUAUGCACUCGAGAUUGGUUAUUUGAAGAGAAAGAAUUGACACAAAUGAAGUUUGAUGAGCCUGAAGAAGAUAUUUUGAAUUUGAAUUUCAAUUCCAAUGAUGUUCCAAGUUCAUCAGGAACAAAUUCUAUUAAUAUUCCUUAA